UUAAGUUCAUCGCAUCAUCUCUCUCUCUCUCUCUCUUAAAGGCUAAAGCCACUUCGUACGCUACAAGCGAAGGAAUUGGCUACCUUGCUGUUUGUAUUCCUGGGUCGUCUUUCUUCUGCGUUGCGUUGCGUUGCUGAGAAGAACGAUUUCCUUAUCCAGAGGGUAGCUGAAAGACAAGAUAAGAUGAGGAUGAUGCCAGCAAAUGGACAAGUAUCGGUUCCCCCAGGUUUCCGAUUUCAUCCAACGGAUGAGGAACUUCUCUACUAUUAUCUGAGGAAGAAGGUUGCAUACGAGGUCAUAGACCUCGAUGUUAUCAAGGAUGUCGAUCUUAACAAGCUUGAACCCUGGGACCUCAAAGAAAAAUGCAGAAUUGGAUCGGGCCCUCAGAAUGAGUGGUAUUUCUUCAGCCACAAGGACAAAAAAUAUCCAACCGGAACUCGAACAAAUCGGGCCACUACAGCUGGAUUUUGGAAGGCCACCGGCAGGGACAAGGCCAUUCACCUCAGCAAUUCCAAGAGAAUCGGUAUGAGGAAGACCCUUGUUUUUUACACUGGACGAGCCCCUCAUGGCCAAAAGACAGACUGGAUCAUGCAUGAGUAUCGCCUUGACGACGAGAAUACAGAACUCCAGCAGCAGGAAGAUGGGUGGGUUGUUUGUAGGGUAUUCAAGAAGAAGAACCAUCACAGAGGCUUCCAACCAGAAGCUACUCGGGAAGAAGAAAAUUUCAAUUACUUCAAGGCAAGUGGGUCUCUUCCAUUGGAUCCAAAACAAAAUUUUCUAACCCAGUAUGAUUUUACCUUCGAUGGCUCCAUGCAUCUUCCACAGUUGAUGAGCCCAGAGUCAGCUGUUGCUCCAUCUUUCUUUCCGCCUAUUACGUUCAACACCACGGACAUUGAGUGCUCUCACAACCUUAUGAAGUUAACAUCCAGCGGAGGUGGACUGCUUCAGCAUGAUCAGAGGAUUAAUGGAGAUUGGUCUUUCUUGGACAAACUUCUGGCAUCCCACUCCCAUCAAAGUCUAGAUCAGCUCUACCAGCAGAACAAAUGCAGUUCUUCUUCGCAAGUUUUUGAUGUGGGUACUUCGAGUCAGAAAUUUCCAUUCCAGUAUCUUGGUUGUGAAACGGACAUUCUGAAAUUUUCCAAGUGAAAUUGCUGGACGUCUAUGUUUGACUAGAUUUGCAAUUCCCUAUUAAUCUAGAACUGUGGGUUUCAGUGUUAAAUGUAUAUAUAUACUCGUCUCACGCACUAUUAAGGGACAUGAUUGUUCUCUAUAUGGCUUUUGGUUGGACGCAGUUUGUUUGCUUUUUGCUGGUUGUUUUUUUUUUUUCCUUUUCCGUUUAUCACCCUUCUUCAUUUUCAAUUUUAGGAUAUUUUUUGGUCUUCCCAAAUCAUCAUAUUAUUUACCAGAUGAAUUUCAUGUAUCUAAUUCUAUCUUAAGAGAGUAGGCAUUAUUUGAUCCAUU